AUGUGGAAGGUACUGAUAUUUCUGAGUUACUUUUUUGUUUUAUCAUCUUCGUAUACUUUUGGAGAUGUUUGUGGAGGUCUGAAGUAUGGAAAUUCAGUUCACUUCCAAGCGAAUCCAGAUUCCAAUUUGACGCUCAGAUUCCAGUCAACGGGAAAGAAUUGCAGUUCCAAUGGAGAGACGGACGUGGAGCAUUUUUACAUCCUUCAACUGGGAUUUGAUGCUGCGAACAAGAGAUUGUACUAUUCUUUCGGGCCAGAUAUUGAGCCCGAUGUGAUAAACUCUACUGACUACACUUUAUCGCAGCCGUAUAAGGACUUGCUUGAUGUGGAAAUUGUUUUUAUGGAGUACUCUUCCUACGCAGUCAUAAUCAACGGAAAAUCUAUUGUAGUAAUUUCGUAAGUUAUGAAUUAAGGAAGUCUUAUCCGGAAUUUUGUACAUGGAAUUCUAGCAUCGAAUAAGCCGCUAUACUUGAUAAAAAUACCCUUUUCAGUUCCCCUUACGGCUAUUUCCCCGUGAACUGCAUCUAUAUCCAUGGAGAUGACAUUAAAUUAAAUUACUAUUGGAUCGAAGGCAACGAAUACUGUCCUGAUCGAGUUCUUGACAAGCCCGAUCCAUCUCGAUAUGUCUGGACCACCACACCGACUACUACGACCACCACGAUUCCACCGUUUCCCGAUCAUUUUCCUCCAUCCGGAUGGCCUGAAUGCAAUCUCCCUUUUUGUUAUCCCUCGAUGGAAUUUCCAUGUCCGAAAGCCUGCUACAGUGGAGGGCCGUAUUACUGUCCUCCGAAUUGUUAUGAGAUGCCGGGCAGAGGAUAUUAUCCACCACCUGUUUAUCCGCCUUGUAAUAUGCGCCAACUUCCGAGUUGUCUUCCGAUUCCUCCUGAUCGUGGAUAA